AUGACAUCCACCCUCGCCACCCCACCUCCCCACCUCAAACGAGCAUCCACAACCGACUUCCACCCCACACGCCACACCCGCACGUCAUCCGACACCAUUCCCCGGCGAACAAAGAGCGGCGCAUCAAAACUGAAAUGGCCGUCUCUCAAACCCGCAAAAGCGGAGUACGAUCCAGACGGGACCGUGGUGGAUUUGAGCGAUGUUGGGCUUGACGGUGGGCAUGUGGGACGGACGCGGAGUAGGGUGUUAGUUGAUGGACAUCGACAUGCGCGGGCGGUCUCCGCUUCCGCGAUGUCGCUUACGCGGUCGGUGAGUGUCGAGUCCAAUGCGUCACUGCCGGGGCCGAGAAGGUGGAGGAGGGGGUUGAAGGGGUUGUUGUCUGGGCGAAGGGGUGGAAAUGGGAAGGGAGAUGGGAUGAUCAACGCAGGUGAAUAUGACGGCAGCGCCCUAUCGAUCCAAACCAACGAUGACGACGACAUUCCGACGGACCUGUACACGUCAAGCUGGCGUGGGUUCCCGUUUGCGCCGGGGAAUGCAGCUGGCAGGGAGAUUGAGAAGGAUCCGGUGAAGGCGGCAGCGGACUUUGAUGAGUUGGUGGCGGGGUGGGGACGGUGUACGGCCGAUGGUGGACGAACAGAAGAUGGGGGAAGUAACGGAAGACAGAACGGUGCACCCUCUGCAACGCCUAAAAAGCCCGGCACACACCGGCUAGUCGACCGACUCAAAGCAUACGAGAACCCCGACGCCCAUCAAGUAGCGUCGGAACAAUAUGCCUCCAAUGCUACGCUCAACGCCUCGGACGAAAACGAGGACGAGUACAGCGCCACGCAAUCGAGUUCCCUCAGCGAGGACGAAGUGCGGGAUGGGGAAGAGUACGGGCUGUUUACGCGGAGUCGGAAGAGUCGGAGUAUCCGGAGCGCCGCGAGCAGCCGGCAGGGGAGUCUGGCGCGCCGGCCGCGCGGGAGUGCCAGCGGCCGGGCCGAAACGGAGUCCUCGGGAAGUCUUGGGGCGGUUGUCGACGAUGAUGCUGUCUGGCAACGUGGCCUGGUCACUGUAUCGGCGCCAUCAACGCUAUCUCGUCCCAGUACACCCAUCCAACAUGACUCGCCUUCCACUACCCCCGACGAAGGCGGCCAGCAACAACAGAAGCAGCAACCUGUACCCCUACCCCGUCCAACCCGCCGCAUCCGCUUCGAAUCCAUCUGCGCCCAAGUCCUUGGUCCGAACUGGCUCGAUCAAAUCACCCCACCACCCAAACCCACGCCUUCCACCACCAUACCAACCACAACAGCGUCAACACCACACCCACUCCUCCGCACCCGCACGCCGACAACGCCGAAGGGAACCGAUAGCUCUUUGCUGGAUCUGUUUGAGUUUGAUUUGUUGCUGCAUGAACGGCAGAGGAUGGAGUUGAGGCAGCGGAGGGGGAGGAGGCGGGGGAGCGGGGGCGGUGGCGGCGGUUAUCCGGCCACUGGGAAUAAAGCGGAGGGGGGCGAGGAGGGGUGGGGUGGGUGGGUCGGCAAACUGCUCCUCUCGCGGGACCGCACCCCUGCGCAUGCCACGGCUCGCCCAUCGCCCUCACCGCCGACGCCGCAGAGAGGAGGUAAACGCUCGCGACGGCCAGGACGGCGGGGCGGGUGCGGCGUACGGCGGGGGGGUUCCGGCCCCGAAACCGGCCACGGGGACGGGGACGGGGACGGGGACGAACUGGUGCAUUCGAUCGACUGGAGCACGCGCGCGAUCGUCGCCACCCGCCGCGCCGACAUGGACGCACCGCACGCCGCCAAGCUCGGCGACUCGCAACUCGCCGAUCUCCAGCGCGCGUUGGAGGACGAACUGGUGGGUGGGGAGAUCGAUCUCGCGGUGAAACAUCACCCCGUCGAUGAUGGACUGCACGCGGACCGUCAGGCUGCCUCAAGCGAGAUGACACCCCCCCUCCACCUCGGCUCCGCGAACCUCUCCGUAGCCCUCGCGCUUCCGCCCCCGCCCCUGCACUCCCCGCCGCCCAUUUCGCGGCGGUCGCGGUCAUCGUUGCACCAUCCGCAUACGACGAAUACGAAACAAACGCGCGGCGUGAGGAAGAAGAGCACGCAGGUGCCGUGGUCAAGUAUGUUUUCGUAUGUGAGGGAGUGGAGUGGGCUGGGGGGGUAUACCGGGUUGGUGAGGUUUUUGUUUGGGGGUGGGGAGGGGAAGGGGGUGAACGAGGGGGAGGAGCGGGAGAUGCGGGAGAUGCAGCAGAUGCGGGAUUUUAGGUAA